AUGAGCGCCGACAUUGUUGCUGCUGGUGGAAAGGCAAGCCCGUCAAUGGGCGUGGAGGCAAGGAACGACAACAAUGGCGAUCUUGUGACGGCCACCGAGGAGCAGAGCCUCCAGCGAGGUCUGCACGAGAGGCAUCUUUCUAUGCUGGGUAUUGCUGGCGCUAUCGGUACAGGUCUCUUUCUCGGUCUGGGCCAGUCUGUUCAGACUGGUGGUCCUCUCGGCGCGCUGCUUGGCUAUGCAACUGUCGGUCUCGUAGUUUGCGCCGUGCAAUUCGCCUUGGGAGAAGUCGCUGCGCUGUUGCCGGUGACAGGAGCUUUUGUGCGACAUGCUGAAUUUCUUGUUGAUCCCGCCUGGGGAUUCGCAAUCGGAUGGAAUCUGGUCUACGGAAACAUUCUGUCGAUCCCUUCAGAAAUCACGGCCAUCUGUGUAUUGUUCGAGUUCUGGACCGAUAUCAAUCCCUCGCUAUGGAUCAUGAUCUUCAUCGUCCUCACCACAGUCGUCGGUCUCUGCUUCGUCCGAGUGUUCGGCGAGGUCGAGUUCUGGUUUGCCCUUCUCAAGAUCCUCUUGGUCGUUUUCCUCAUUAUCCUGGGUUUGGUUAUCAACUUGGGAGGCGUCCCAGGCACAGAACGCAUUGGCUUCAGGUACUGGAAGGACCCAGGACCUUUUGUUGAAUACAUCGCUUCAGGGAGCUGGGGCCAGUUCCUUGGUUAUUGGUCUGUUAUGACCAGCGCCGUCUUCUCCUUCGCAGGCGUGGAAUCUAUUGCCAUGGCUGCAGCCGAAACGCGGAAUCCUGCGCGCGCGAUCCCCAAGGCUUGCAAGAACGUUUUCAUCCGAAUUCUGGUCUUUUAUAUCUUGGCCAUUCUCAUUGUCGGUAUGCUUGUGAGAAGCGACGACGAGAGACUAAACGACCAGUCCGGAGCCGCAGGUCAAAGCCCCUUUGUCAUCGCAGCCUCCGCGGCCGGCAUCCCUGCGAUUCCCUCCGUCGUCAACGCCGUUGUCAUAACUUCCGCGUGGUCUGCUUCAAAUCAGAGUCUUCUCGCCGGUACCCGUGUUCUCUAUGGUUUGGCUCUCAAGCGACAGGCACCUCAGAUCUUCCUCCGCACGACCGCGUGGGGUGUGCCUUAUGUCUGCGUGCUCUUCUUCACCUGCUUCAUGUUCCUCAGCUUCAUGAGUCUCUCCAACGGAGCUAUGACUGUUUUCUGGUGGUUAGUCGACCUAACAGCGGCGGGAGUCCUGAUCUCGUGGGCAUCGAUCUUGUUGAACCACAUUCGUCUACGCCUUGCGAUGAAAAAGCAAGGAAUUCCCAUCGAAAAACUGCCCUGGCACAACUCUUGGACUUUCUAUUCUUCGUGUGCCGGCUUGUUCAUGACACUGCUCAUCCUCCUCACGGGCGGAUUCCGUGUCUUUACCAGGGGUAACUGGGAUCCGGUUGGCUUUGUGUCAUCUUAUUUGGAUAUCCCUCUCGUUACCGCAGCGUACUUGAUAUGGAAGUUUGUCAAGAAGACAAAGGUCGUGCCCUUAGCAGAGAUACCCCUUCAGGAUGCUUUCAGGAAGUCGGAGGAGGACCACGAAGUGGUGACUGCUUAG